GACUCCAGGAAAACAACAACCAAUCUACCUACAUAGAAGUGAUAAGAAACUCAAGCAUAUAGAGAGCACAUUCCUGUGUUAACUAAGCAAUAUAAUAUAAAAUUAAAGCACUGUUUCGUUCGAUUCCCUACUGUAGGGAAAUAGAGAGCUAUCUACAAUAAUAAUCAGGAAAGAGUAUCCUAUUAUUUUUUGACAUUCCUUCAGCAAAAGUGAAAGAAGUAAACCAAUAAAUUGGUUGAGAAAUGUUCUAACAUUCAUUCAAAAGAGCAUUGCUCAGCAGAUUUCUCAUGGAAAUUUCCCUACUUUAUCAGGCAUCAUUCUAUAUAUAUAUAUAUAUAUUUUGGCCAUAGACAUCAUUCUCUUAAAAAUGCAACUUUUUGAAUACGCAUUGCCAAUUGUCAUGACAAACUUAUUAAGUACAAACUAUCGGUACAUAUACUCAUAAAUCUUAGUAAUAGAUAAAACAAAAACAAAAAUGGGAAGAAAAGCUUUAUCAAUGAUCAGCAGACUACAAAACAAUCCUAUUAGCUACAAAAAGGACAAAAUGGAUUCAUAGACCUAACAAGAACAACAAAGUUUACUGGUCUGCUUAGGUUAUCUCCAAUCACUGUCUUAGGAAGCAGAAUCGUCUACAUUAAACUUGCCUGAAUCCAGUGAACAGUCAUCACACAUCAUCAUUGCAAGUUGAUUGAAUAAAAGUCAUCAGUAAGCUCCCUUAGUUACGACAUUGAUCCCAUUCUUAAAUCAAUCUUAAUCAACUGAAAUAUUUAAAUCAACUACUUCUGCUAGAAUGUCCUCCAAGUUGACAUGGUGAAACAAAAGAACUUCAGAACAUUAAGCUAAAGAUGGUCUAUAUCGGUUUACACUUAUUCAACAUGGCCUGAGAGAUUUCCAAUACUGGCCUCAAAUAGAAAGUUAACCAAGUGGGUAAACUACUACAAUUAGAUACUGAAUAAAUAAUUUUCUUGGGUUUAUGAUCAAGGGUGAAACUCUGCUUCAGAAGGUUGGUCCCAAGGGCAAAAAACAUGCUUACAAGAAGAGAAAAGAAGUUGGUCUUGGUAUCUUUAAUGACCCAUUCACUGGAGAUGUCAUUUUGGAUCCUGGACAUGCUUCUGAGUUGUUUGUUUCAAAUGGAAGUCAAAGGGAAAGAAGAGGAAUGCAACAAGAGUUUAGGGAGAUUGGGCCAAGGAUUGAAGUUGGAGAAAGCUCAAAACAAGGGAGCAAGAGAAAUGGAAGACAUGAAAAUGGGAUCCAGAUUUCUGGGAAGAAGAGAACCUAAAAAAAAACAGAAAAAUUAAGUCUACUGUGUUAGUUUGCUUAAGUCUACUGGUAUUUUUGUUAGAAUGUAUUCUGGUCUUUUAUUUAUGUAUAAUGUUACUGUGGUAUUGCUUCUGAGUUGUUAGAAUGUAUUCUAUUGCAGUACCAAUGUAUUCUGGUCUGUUGCUUAAGUUAAAACUGGUAUUUUUGUUAGAAUGGAUUCUGGUAUUUUGUUUAAGUCUACUGUGUUAUUUUGCUUAAGUCUACUGGUAUUUUUAUUUAAGUCUACUGAUAUUUUUGUUUAAGUCUACUGGUAUUUUAUUUAUGUAUAAUGUUACUGUGGUAUUGCUUCUUAGUUGUUAGAAUGUAUUCUAUUGCAGUACCAAUGUAUUCUAGUAUGUUGUUUAAGUUAAAACUGGUAUUUUUAUUAGAAUGGAUUCUGGUUUCUUUGUUUAAGUCUACUAUAGUAUUCUAUAAUGUAUUAUUUUCUUUUACAAUGUAUUUUGGUCUAUUGUUAGUUUGAUAUACAUCAUAUUCUGUAGACUUGCAAAGAAUGAGAAUAUACAAAAUAAACACUUUUCAUUUCC